CUAUUGUGGAGAUAAAAUACGACAAGAAAGACCCUUUUAAGGAUUUUUUGGGUAAUGUAAACCUGUUGCUCUGACAUCACACAAGGAAGUGAAGAGGUGGGUUUAAGACGAGACAAGAAGAAACAUUUGAAGUCAGACGACUCAGCGUGCGGAGAAAAGUCUUUUAUAUUGCGUGUUUCCAGAGGGGAACAGGCAGCGCUUGACGGACUUUAGAUUAAAAAGAAAAGAAUACAAAGGAGCAGAACGGUAGCGUUUUAUUUGCCUGUGGUUAAAAACAAAGUUUACCAAAGAAGCGCAGUUAUUUAAAAAAUAAAUACGCACGGAGCUAGAUUUCUAACACCGUACUAGUUGUGUUGUUAUUAUAACAGCAACAAUGGCACAUGUGUGUUGCUUCUCGUUUCUGUUGCUGUUCGCUGUUUUGGGAACGAUUGCCACUGGGGCCGAAGACCAAAACGGAGAAAACGUCUGCUCGGCUACUUUCGAGGCGAGCCCCGGUGCUGGACUGGACCCCAAGUCCUUCGACCACGGCGCAGCCUACGCCGCUCACCUGGGCGAAGUCUCGGACGCGGAGAGCUGUCUCCAAGCGUGCUGCGACAGCACCCAGUGCAGCCUGGUGCUGCUGGAUCGCUCCGGGGCGAAGACUCAGUGCUACCUGGUAAACUGUGUCGCGGAAGGGACCGGGCAAAACGCCUGUGUCACCACGCCCGACGCCCAUUUCGACAGCUACCGCAAGCGAGAAGGCGAUAGCAGGUCUUCCAGCGACUAUCAAGAGAAGUGCCACGCCCCUAUCGAGGUGGGGCCCUGCCGCGCCGCUUUCCCGCACUUCAACUACGACCCGGUGAACCAGAUCUGCAGGGAGUUCAUCUACGGGGGCUGCAAGGGCAACGCCAACAACUAUGAGAGCAGGGAGGACUGCGAGCGGGCCUGCACCGGCGUCCGAGCUGACGAGACCUCGCCCAACGACAUCCCCCUGGUGUCCAAGAGCAUAUCCAAGCCUGUGGAAUUUGAAGUUCCCACCCGUGAUGCUGGACUGACAAAGGAGUACAGAGACUCGUGUGAGGUGGCUCCCGUGGUCGGUCCGUGUCGAGCCUCGAUGCCGCGGUUCUUCUAUAACAGCUCCUCUGGCUCCUGCCAGCUCUUCAUCUACGGGGGCUGCAAAGGAAACAACAACAACUACCAAACGCAGGCAGAGUGCCAGGCCAAGUGCUCCGUGAAUCAACUUCCUGUCCACAUGCCGGUGGUGAAGCAUGCACCAGCUGAAUACAAAGAUUACUGCCUGGCCCAGGUGGAAGUGGGGCCCUGCCGCGCUGCCUUCCGCAGCUGGUACUACGACCCCACCGUCCAGGACUGCCUGCCCUUUGUCUUCGGGGGCUGCGGGGGGAACCGGAAUCGAUACAGCUCCGCCCAGGACUGCUUGAGCCACUGCGCCGGGGGGCCAGCAGCACAUGGGGACAGAGAGCAUCCAGGUCAUGGUUUUCUGAACCACCAUCACCGCGCAGCGUUUGUCCUGACCGCGGUGCUGGCAGUGAUGACGGUGCUGCUGGUCGUGGUUCUGAUCGUCGCCUCUCUCCGGAAGACUCGAGAGCGCCAGCGGCUGGUCAUCGAUGACAAAGAGGAGCUGCUGCCAUCUGCUGGGAGUGAGAAGGCCUGAGCGACAAAACCAGUGCUCCCAUUUCACCUGUCUGUCUUCCACGAUUCCUUUUCUCUCUCUGUGUACUUUUUAUUCCUUUGUCACCACUCCCCCCCCCCCUCGCCCAUCUCUCCAGAGAUAGCUGUAGGUGCCAACCUCAAGCAUGAAUAAAGAAAAUCCCCACUUGAUAUCCUGUGCAAAUGGUACUAAACUUGUGUCUCGCUUUGAAACUCAAGCCUUGGGUUAGGAUAUGGUAAGAUAAUACAUCUACAAGUCCAGCAGGUGUCGCUGUGCAGUGUGCCAUGUCCUACCCUGACUGAUCACAAGAGGGGAAAUUCUGCUUCUUAAAUUGUGUGGGUCACUCCACAUUAGGGGGGGGUCUUAUUUUUAACUCCUGCAGAAAGACUGGAGAGAGGGUUCGGAAUAUCUUGAUUUAUUAUAAACGUCCGCAAACCAUUCACUCUUCAAGUUCACAGGUGAUAUAAUGUAACUCCUCUGUGUUCUGGAAUUGCGUGUGUUGAAUUUUUUUUAACCUAUAUUCUGAAUUUAAGUGUGUGUUUUGAAAGUACAUAAGUUAAAACCAAAAUAAUGUUUUUAAUGUGCUGUGUAUUGGUGGCUGGGCUUAUUUUGUAUAAUUUUAAAAAAGUUUUCCAGUGUUGCUGUAGAACCUUACAUCUCCCAGACUCUCCUGUCAUCCUGUUUCUUCCUCCCCUAGUCCUGAUCCCUUUUCCUUUCCCACUCCUCCCUUCCUAACCCCCCAGACUUUCUGAACAGGCUUGAAAUUGGCUUCCUUUUGACAAGACUUGCGCAGAAUGAUUUUACAGCACUGAAUGGUUCUCUCUCUCUCUUUUUUUUAAAGAAACUAUUGUUUGGUACCUUUUGUUAGUUUUAAAUUGUAUUAAAUGAUUAGCUGUCAAACACCUUUUCUGUGUGUUUCUUUAGGAUGGGAACUGCAAUAUUAAGGCACGAAACUUGUUUAACACUAUGAAUGAUUAUUAUUAUUUUUAAACCUUAAAUGAAAAGAAAUAUGUACUUUUGGAUGUUCUAGACUUCUCAAAUAAACAAGAUGGUAGUUCGA